ACUUUUCGGCCGAGUCGCAUCGACCAUCGACGUCGGCGCGUCGCCAGCGACGGUGAGGUUGUUUUGCAAAGUGGUGCUGUGAUUUCUGUCAUUUCGGCGGUCGCUGGAGCUUGGCUGGAGCUGAGUGAAACUGGCCCAAGGGCCUUAACCUCGGUCAAUUAACAAGACUUUGCCACAGUAGUUCAAGAUCGACGGUAGCAAGAUGAGACAGAGAGCAACGGAAAUACUAGCUGUUACUGUUUUGUGUUUCUUCCUGUCUGCCAGUACUUCAACAUCGGCUGAUGAGCACGAUUUUCUUGCCAUUACGGUCGCCACAGACGAGACGGAUGGAUUCAAACGCUACGCCCGCUCAGCGAAACAGUACGACAUCCCCGUCAAGGUGCUCGGUAUGGGCGAGGAGUGGCGCGGCGGGGACGUGAAGCGGUUCGCCGGCGGCGGACACAAGAUCAACAUCCUCAAAGCUGCGCUGGCCAAGUACAAGGACGACAAGAACAAGAUCAUCAUGUUCACCGACGCCUACGACGUCGUCAUCAACGCGCCGGCCUCUCAGAUUGUGGCGGCGUUCUUGGCGCUGAAGGCACGCGUUGUGUUCUCGACCGAGGGAUUCUGCUGGCCGGACGCGACGCUAGCCUCUGAGUACCCGGUGCCCGAGAAGGGCAAACCCUACCUCAACUCGGGAGCGUUCAUCGGUUACGCUCCGGAGCUGUACGAAAUCGUCACUCAUAAAGCAAUUGAAGAUGGUGGCGACGAUCAGCUUUACUACACGAAAAUAUUCCUGGACAAGGCGCUCCGGCAGAAGUUCGACAUCAAGCUCGACUACACGGCCACCAUUUUCCAGAACCUCAACGGCGCCACCGCCGACGUGGAGCUGCGUUUCAAGGGCUCCGACGCGUACCUGCAGAACACGGCCUACAACACGGUGCCGCUGGUGAUCCACGGUAACGGCGUCUCUAAACUGGUGCUCAACACGCUGGGCAGUUACCUGGCGGGCGCCUACAACCCCGAGACGGGCUGCGUGGCCUGCUGGGAGGACCAGAUCGAGCUCGGAGACAAGAUGGACAAGUACCCAUCAGUGUUCAUGGCCAUCUUCCUGGAGCAGGCCACGCCCUUCACCGAGGAGUUCUUCACCAAGAUCCUGGCGCUGCACUACCCCAAGGACAAGCUGCACCUGUACAUCCACAACGCGGUGGCUUACCACGCCAAGGAGGUGGCAGCGUUUGUCGAAAAGCACGGCCCUGAGUACGCCUCGGUGACCGUGGUCAGUGACGAGCAGAAUCUGAAGGAGUGGCACGCCAGGAACCGCGGCAUUGAGGAGUUCCUGAAGACCAAGGCCGAGUACUAUUUCACCGUGGACGCCAACGCCCACCUGGACAAUCCGUACGCCCUCAAACUGCUCAUCGAACAAAACAGGGAUAUCGUGGCGCCGCUGCUGGUCCGGCCCUACAAGGCGUGGAGCAACUUCUGGGGAUCGCUGACCUCGGAUGGAUUCUACGCGCGCUCCAUGGACUACAUGGAUAUUGUGGAGGGACGCCGCGCGGGCAUCUGGAACGUGCCGUACAUCUCGGCCUGCUACCUGAUCCGGCGCUCUGUGGUCGCCGACCCCAAGACGCGGCCCAACUUCAUCAGCGGCCUCCUGGAUGCCGACAUGGCCUUCUGCGAGAACAUGCGCAACGCGGACAAGUUUAUGUACGUGUCGAACCGCGCCAACUUCGGCCACCUGGUGUCGGUGGACAGUUUCGAGACGAGUCACCUGUUCAACGAGAUGUGGCAGAUCACGGAGAACCGGUGGGACUGGGAGCAGCGCUACCUGCACGCCAACUACAGCCAGGCGCUCGACAAGGACUUCCAGAACGAGAUGCCGUGCCCGGACGUGUUCUGGUUCCCGCUAGUCACCCCGCGGUUCUGUCAGGAGCUGAUUGACACCAUGGAAGACUUCGGCGAGUGGUCGUCGGGAACUAACGAGAAGUCCAAGACGAACCGUCUGAUCAAGUACGACCCGGUGCCUACCGACGACAUUCAGGUGGAGCAGGUGGGCUUCUACGACCAGUGGAUGGCCUUCCUCUAUCAGUACGUCACGCCGCUGCAGCAGAAGGUCUUCGAGGGUCACGUCAGAGAGCCGCCGUACGCCGGGGCCAACUUCGUGGUGCGCUACCGCUGGGACGUGCAGGCGGCGCUGCGACCUCACUGCGACAGCUCCACCUACACCAUCAACAUCGCGCUCAACCAGCCCGGAAAGGACUACGAGGGCGGCGGCGUGCACUUCACGCGCUACAAGUGCUCGGUGACCGACUCACGGCUCGGCUGGGUGCUGAUGCACCCGGGACGACUGACCCACCAGCACCAGGGGCUGCCCACCACCAACGGUACCCGCUACAUCAUGGUGUCGUUCGUCGACCCGGACGUGUGAUCGUCGACGGGAGGAUGAAGUGAUGGUUCGUCGGGGGAUCGGUCGGUCGAUCAGUCUAAUGAUCGGUUGGUUGGAUGGCAGCUGCAACCUGUGAAGUCUGUGGGCGGUAUAGUGUGAUUGCGUGGUAUUCGUGCUGUACGUUCGCCAUUGGCUGUCCUUCGCAACGAGUUCGUUCCUGGAAUACGAGCGGUUCGGAUGGGGCCAUACGGUGUGAUCAAUGCACUUUUUAAGGAGACAGGUUUAGGUUCCCACACCAUCUUGAUAUCAGCGUCUUUAUCGGAAUGCUUGUUUGGACAGAUUGUGAAACGCUGUGAAGAGAUCUUCAUACUUACAAGAGCUUUACAUUUUUGAACAGGGUCAUCCGACCUGCUGUUUGUGAGGUAUGCGUAGUUUUGCGUGGUAUGUUCUAAUUGGCUUGACACGUAGUGUGGUAGUCGCUUACGAGUAUAUGUAGCUGCUGUUAGUCGCUUUUGCUGUCGGCAAGGGGUGCUGUGGUUCGGGCGAGACUAUGACGGCGGGUGUUGUAAGUUGUAACGCAGACACAAGACUGUACCGUCUUUCUUUUCUAAGACAACUGUGUGUAUAGUAUGUAAGUUUACUAAGUGCCUUCACAGAUCCUUGCUAAUGAUCUGUAUUUUUGGUACGGAUCUGAUAUUUACAACGGUGUGGACAUGCAUCCACCGCCCGGCCCGGAACACGCGAGCCGUCGUGUGAACUGAAUGACGAAUCUCAGCAGUCCCUGUUCUGAUCGAACCGACUGUUUCAGCGAGAAAUGAUCGGCGAUGUAGGUGAUAUCGAGGCCAUACAGUCCGUGGCCAGGCGGCUUAGGUCUGUAAUCGCUGUCGGGCCAAUGUGCGCACGAGCUUCUAUGGAAGGCAACGGCAGAAAGACAAACAUGCUUUAUUUACGCCAUUGAUGCAGUCUGAACAAACUGUCUUUUGUUGUAGCAAUACACUCCAUAUAAAGAG